AUGCCUUCAUUUUAUUAUUUCUGGGUCCUUCUCGUUGCUCUGUCGCUGGUUGCCAGCACUAUUGAUGCUAGUUUUGCAUAUUGUGUUGCAAUUAAAACUGCGUUUAUGGAUCCCAAAACUGUGGUUGGCUUCCAGCUAUUUAAUGAUCGAGGAGACACUGCAAAGCAUUACAGGAGUGUUUAUUAUGCCCACAAGACAGAACUUGCGAACAAUGGAUGGAAAGUCAAGGUUGAUUUAAGUUUCUAUGAGAAAGCGGAGACUCCACACCUACCCGAUGCUCUGAUAGUCUCACAUACCCAUCAUGGAGAGAAUUUGGAUUCUGUAAUCUAUCCACUUCCAUUGUGUCAAAAGUUUCGCAAGGGUGGCACUAGCUGGUCAAUUGUCUACAGAUGCAUUGACAAUAUGGGCUCGGGAUUUUGCAACGCUAAUGAGUUCUGGCAUCAGGAUUACUGCAGGACCCAUUUAGAUAUGGGUACUGAUACCGUUACUUGUUAA